UGGUUAUUGAGAGCCGCAAUUAUUGUUGUUUGCGUUACUAGAGGCACAGUCUGUUCGUUUGGCAUAUCUGUUUAAAAAAAUUAGAAAGUUUGUUCUCUGUGUUGAUGCUACAGUGAUGCAAGAAACCACAAGAGUAUUACACUAUAAUUAUGGAAACUUCUAAACAGAACUGCAUUGUAUUGGAUGAUGAAUAUAAAGAUGACAAUGUGGAUCUCAAAUUAUCAUAUCCAGCUAAUUACUUCAAUAAUAUCGAGAACUCUGACUUAUCACAUGUAAAUGAAAAUGGAAUAUCCGAUGGUUAUGCAGAAAUAUAUUCCCCCACUGGUAGUAUAUCUAGUUCAGAAUCGGUAGAAAUUUCGUAUGAUAUUCCUGAUAGUCAAAAGUAUCAUGAUCUCGGUGCAUAUAUAAACUCAGUUGUUGUUGCUGCUUGUAAGAAUGAAUCCUUAAAUCCCAUAAAGCCCUGUCCACAGUUACCACAAAAAGAAACUGCAUAUAUAACCAAUCUAGAAUUAACCGAGUCGGACAUUGACAUGGUACAUAAUGCACCUACCAAUAUAGACCAUACAGAUACGUCAAAUGUGAUGGAAAUAAACAACAAACAUAACAAUCCUUCAUCUCCUCUUCCUCAGAAGUAUUCAGCACAAACUCUGACGCCAGAUUUAUCUAAAGACUCCCAUACUCAUGAAAACUUUGUGGAGGAAUUUGCUGAUUUUGUGAGUGAUGGUCCGGUUGAUGAAGAUUGGGCUAUAUUUUCACCCGAAGUACAUAAAAACGUAGUUGACGUAAUAGAUGAUAAGCCUUCUAUAACAAAUUCUCGGAAUUCUUUGGAAUCAGAUGAUAAUGAAGACUUUGGAGACUACACUAAUUUUACACCAAACAUUGUUUCUGCCUCCACAACUACUGUAAAUAUUCUGAAUAACGUUGAACCUCUAAAAGGCAAACAAGCACCUACUCCUAGUAUUUUGGAACGCUUAUUACAGAAAUUGGAGCCAUCAUUGGAUAAAGCUUUUGGACUUCAUUUCAAUCACCAGACUGAUGAAAAUUUAAAUCCGUCAAUAGAAACUCUUAAAAUCAGUCGACUUUACACAAAUAUCAAUAAAUCUGUUCAUACAUCAUCAAAUAAAGUUUCGACUUCGCUAGACUCUGAAUCAAGCAAAGUUAAUAAACGUAUCUGGAGUCGGCUAUGCAAUCCUGAUCGACUUCCUGAAAUAAAUCAACAAUGGUGGAAAUCUCCCAUUUUCAUGACAUAUUUGAAUGCUAUUAAUGUGAAUCCCCAACAUGCAAUUCCUGCAUUCGCUAGUCAACUUCGUCUACUGGAACCAGUUCGGUUGAAUAGUCAGGAUUUGCAUAAGAAUAUCACAUUAAAUGACAGUUCAACUAGUCAAGAAAAUCAUGCAAAUGUUUUGUUGCCGACAGGUGGUUUCAACGACAAAUCUCCAUCUAAUAGUUUAACGCAUAAUACUAAUUGCAGCGAUACAGACAGUAAAAUAAAUCAAGUUCUGGAUUUGGACUUUUUUGAAACACGCGAAACUAAAAAUAAACCUAAUCUUCACACAAAUGGGAAGGCUAAACAUUCUGAAUUAUCAGAUUUGGAAGCUGAACUAUCAGUUCUCACUAUUCCUUCACCGAUAACAACAAUAAAACCACCCUCAUUAUUAGUAGAAGCUGAUUUGAAAUUGUUAGAAAUCAAUAAACGUUCUAAAUUAAGUGAAUCUGUUCGUUCCACCUUAAAUCGUUUACCAAUGAUCAGCUAUAUGCGUUCAAAACGUCUCAUGUUUCCCGUGCAGCAACAAAGCCAAGAUUAAUAACAGCAUCAAUAACAAUAACUAUUAAAGAUCAAAUUUUAUUCUGAACAAGAUUCUUCUGAGUAUAAUUAGAAAAUCCUACUGUUGUGUUAUAUCAUUCAUAAAAGUAGGAAUAAUGGUUGUGUGUUAAGAAUGAUAAUAAUGUAGUUUACAGUUUGUUUUUCAAGUCUUCAAGUUUCUCUGAUGAAACAAAUCAAUAACUAAUCACAGUGAUGUAAAUCUUCUCUUUUCACCUGUUCACAAUUAAUUGGAUCAAAUAAUAAACAUCAUUCUCAUUAUGAUGAUGACAAUGUUGUAUUAAAAUGAAAAUGUUGCAAAACUAGAAAUUGCACCUUCACUUUUUAAAAUUAUGUCCUUCUUUACUUCUGUUAUAAUACACAUAUAUAUAUAUAUAUAUAUACAGGUAAAAGUGCAAAUAAGAUAUCACUUUACAUGUAUUCUGUAUGUUUUUGUCUCUUGUGUAAAUUCUACUUAUUUGUCCAGUGUAUUAUAGAGUAACAAAUCUAGAAAUAAUUCUAUUUUUACAAAUAGAUAAAAAGAAUACACUUGGUAUUUUUUAGUAUUUUUAUUGGAAGAAAAAAUUCAUUAUGGUUCCUUUUUUUUGUUUUUAAAGUUUCCCCUCUUUUUUUUUUGUUUUCUUACUGUAAAUUUUAAUGACAUUUGUCUUUUAUCAUUUUCACAUUGUGUUAUUACCUUUGGUGAUGAUAAUGUUGAUGAUGCAAUGAUAUUGUUACUGUGUUCUCAGAAAGAUAGUGACAAUAACAAUGUGUCUUGCCAAAUUAUCUGUUUCUUCUCGUUCUUUUUUUUUUCGAUUUUAUUUCAUUAUUUCGUCAAUUGUUUCCUUUUCUUGUUUUUUUAAUAUCUAAGCAUGGGUUGGUUAAAUGUUAUACAAGAAAUUGUACUCUGUUUUCUAUCUCAUCUUUUCUUUCUCUAUUUGUUUUAUUUUAGAAGAACGAUUGUUUUUGUUUUACCUUUUAAUUAAAUUACUAUUAUGCACUUGAUUGUUGUUUCCUGUUUUUAUUUAGUUACAUAAUGUUAUACUUUGUCUUUGAUUGCAUAUUCAAUGUUCAAUUAUGUUUUCUUUUAAUUGAAUAAUGAAUUAUAGACACAUUUAUACUAUAAAUAUGUGUAUUGAAGAAGUGUAAAUUACUUAUAUCAACAAGUAAGCAAUUAAACACACUAAUAUUCAUUAUGUGUAAUUUUCAUGUUAUGUUUCUUUUCAGUAGUAUAUACUUUAUUAUAUCAUAUAAUUUGACUGAUUAAUACUAAUGUUCGCUAUGAAAAAUAAAAUGAAUUGAUUGUUUGAUUAUUCAAUCACCUAAUAAAAGACGGUUACUUCAUUUAAAUAUAGUAAUAAGAUUAUCUAGUUUAUAGAUAAUUUUGACUGUGUAUU